AUGUCCUAUCAAACGGAUCGCGGGAUGGUGAUGCAGGACACGCGCUCGGCAGAAGACAGCACGUCCAGGACAUCCUUCACUGAUGUCUCCCACAUGUCAACUGACAUGUUGCAGCAGCAGCUCACCCAUCAUGUCAUUCUGCGCAUGCACGAACGAGACAUCAACUUCGACCUCAUCCGGGAGACUGUCCGCCGAGGGUGGCGGCGAGACUUCGCAGCUGCGGUCCUGUACGUCUCAGAUCACAUCACUGUCGUCACGAGCGGCAAGCGGCUCAUCACUGCAUGGCGCAACGAGCUGACGAGCUUCUGGCCUCUCCUACGAGCUGCCGAUGGAGCUGACGGGCUUACAGCCGACACGGCCUACGCGUUCGUGCAGGACAAGGACAAGAUCAUGUUUGCUGGCGUUCUGGACAUCUCAGGCGAUGGAGCAGAGAUAGGGUUCGGCCUGCACAGACUUGGAGCGUCGCAUGAGGAGAGCUACUUCGACGCCAUGGUCGUCGGGCUUGAGCGGCAGGCGCCUCCCAGAGCUCGGAGGGAGAGGCUGAGACUGGAGAGAAUCGUGGAGCGAGGGCAGCGCGAUGACCAAGUCUUCAAGGAGGAGCGUUGGCGAGACAUGGACGACCAGUUGCUCCACAGGCUGGCAGACGAAAUGUCUCAUGCAAGCACCAACGACCAUCAUGAACGACCGGGAAGGGGAGUCAAACUGUCGGUGGGAGGCAUCGUGGGCCCCGACGUGAUGAUACAGAGAAGACUUUGUUCAGAUGAGGCAGAUGCUCGUUCAUGGGUCAAGUUCGGAAAGGGGGAAGACUUUCCCCUCCCGCACGCUGGGUUCGGUCGACUGGUGGAGCUGAUGCAAGUAACAGUCUCCUGCCUGCCGGAGGUCGCCGGGCGCUGGACGUACAGGGACGCAAAGUACGAAGGCAAGUCGUCGAGCUACAAGUACACCAUCCUACCUCUCAACAAGUUACAGCAGGGCAACAACAUCUCCUUCCAUGUCGUCUGCCUCCACUCCGACGACGACGACGACAACGAGCAAGCCGUGUACAGGCGGAUCGGAGUCGGACGAGGAUCCUUGCGGCUUGACUCGACGGGUCGCGCACGAGCAUGGGACGCCGAUCGAUCGCCCCAAGAAGGAGAUGUGGAGAGGAGACGUCAGGCGCCUCCAAGGUACCACCGACACCGAGCUCGUCAAAGAUCCUGCGCCCGAAAGGAGGGCAGACGACUUGACUGCCCCGACUCGGACCCCGAGGACUUCGAGCGCAUGAUGGAGGCGUUUGUACCGUUGCAGCCGGGCUGGGAGGAGGCGAUACAGUGCGGCGAGAUCGAUCGGAUCGAGCAGCUGCUCCGAGAGGACUCGAGCCUCCUCCGCCAGCCCUUGCGAGUAGACAAGAUCCUCAACUCGCCGCGUCUUAACAGCAGGAACGGGUUCCCUGUCCUCCCUGUCGUCGCCGCGGCUCUGUACCGCAGGUUUGACGUGGUAGAGGCCCUUCUCCCCCACUACCGAGCGGCAGGGAUAGAGCUGGACGCGUUCGUGCUGGCGGUCUUGUCCGGCAGCGAGGCAGCUCGGGAGCAGCUGGGGGAGAGGGCCCGUAGGCAUCCUCGCUUACUCACUGAAAGAUGUCCGGAGAGCGCCUUCAUCGGGGGCCGGCGAGGCCCGCAUCCCCUCUCAGCUGCUCGACCGGACGAAGACCUCAGGCUCGUCGGCUGCCGCCUGAUCGAGAUCGCCGCGAAGUUUCUGCUGACGGACACAGUCCAGCUGCUUCUCAGCUUGGGCUCAGCUCACACGCCAGUCUCUGCCCUGCAGGCCGGAGACGUGGAAGAGGUGCGGAGGUUCCUGAGGACAGCAAGAGGGCCGAGCCCUGUUAACGAUCACUUCGAUGGGAGGAGGAACGCAGCGAUGGCAAACAUCGACAGCAUGACGCCGCUGCUUUAUGCCGUGUACAGGAGCGACGUCGCGAUGGUUCGCAUGCUGAUCGAGGAGGGAGCGGACAUCUUCGUGCGACGAGGAGGGCAGCAGUCGACCAGCAUCAACUACGCUCAGAUCUAUGAUCGCGACGUGCAGCAAGGCUUCCCCGUGCUGCGGCUGCUGCUGGAGGAGUACAGGAGGAGGAGGAGGGAGGGCACCUGCCCUCCUGACUGGCUGAACCUGAAGGAGAAGUGCGAGAAAUGGCAGCACAACACCCUCCCCGAGGCCCAGGCGCUUCUCAUCGAGUACGACCUGGACGACGAGGAGGCUGCAGGGCUUCAGAUCUGCGAGGAAUGGCAGUACAACACCCCCCCCGAGGCCCAGUAUAUUCUCAUCGAGUACGACUUCGACGACGGGGAGGACUCCGACGAGGAGGUGGAGGAAGCGGCUGCAGGGCUUCAGAACAUCUCAGUAGAGUGA